UUCAACUGUAGACAAUGAGUUACGCAAUAUCAGUCUACAUUAGCCACCAGUGCAGAAGUACUACUGCACUACGUCCGGCUAUAUAAUUUUUAAGAAAUAAAUUAUAUUAAAUUGCUCUCUUUUAUAAUAAUGGAAACAAAAACUGUCUGUGAAAGUGAUGUUCAAAAGUGGUUAAAAGUUGCUCUCGCAGAAGAAAAUCUUGCAACUUUUAUAGUAAAUAUAACUGGAAGCUCUGAAAAAGGUGAUGGAUAUGUGGGAGACGUAAUUUUCGUUGUUGUAGUAGGAACUGACAAACAAGGCACAAACAAAGAAUACCAUCUUGUUUUAAAAUGCAGCAAACCUAGUGCUGCUUUAAUGAAAAAUGCACCUGCUUUUAGAAAAGCAUUUGCGAGAGAAGCUUACUUGUAUCAACAUGUUUUUCCACUUUUCGAACAAUUUCAAAUUAGCAAAGGCAUCGAAAAGCCCUUUGAUAGCGUGCCGAAAUGUUAUGGUGUUUAUAGCGAUGAAUUCAGAUAUGUUAUAGUGUUGGAAAAUUUGAAGAAAUUAGGGUAUGACUUGUGGCCGAAAGCAAAACCACUAACAAGGGAAGUUAUAGAUAUUGUAAUAAAAGAUUAUGCAAAAUUCCAUGCGACGUCAGUGGCUUUGGAAGAGCAGCAGCCUGAAAUAUUUCAAAAAUUGCUCAACGGCUCUGCUGAAGAUUUACUAAAAGGAGUUAUUGAAACAGCUAGCUUUGUAAAUAUGUUCCAAAGUGCUGUGGACGAGGUAUAUGAGCUGCUAACUGAUGAUGUUGAGAAGGAAAUUUUAGAGCAAUGGUUAAAGCUUAAAGACAAAAUUUGUUUCAUAUUCGGUGAAAUGACAUCAGCUGCCGGUGACUUAAAAGUGAUAAAUCAUGGAGACUCUUGGGUGAACAAUUUUUUGUACAAAUUUGAAAAUGAAGAGAAAACAUCCGUUUCUAGAGUGGCUAUACUCGACUGGCAAAUUUCCAAAUUCACUUCACCUGUGACCGACCUGUCUUAUUUUCUGUUCGCUGGCAUAUCGGAGGAAAAUAUUGCUGACAUUGACACUAUUUUGAAAGAUUAUUACAGAUACUUUUGCGAGUAUUUAAAAAGACUAGAUAGCAAGUUCGCAGAUAUGUAUACCGUAGAGAAUUUUUUUGACUGGUGGAAAAAGUAUAGUAAAUAUGGUUUGGUAAUGUGCAUUUUGCCGAUCAAGUCGUUAUAUUCGGAGAAGAAAGAUCUUCCUGAUAUGGCUGAAGUUGCCGACCGAGGAAUAGAUGUUGGGGAAUCAUUUAAAUUUGAAACCAGUGAUAAAAAUGGCUUCAAAAAUAGGUUGAGACCAAUUGUUGAAUAUGCUGUUCAAAAUAGUCUAAUUUAGUGAAGGUACACUUAAAUGGUAUUAUUAUUUGGAUAUAUUAGUUGUUGAUAGUUAUUGACGUCUUACUUCGCAUUCAGAGUAACACGAAUAUUAAUUUAUUAUUAUUAUUCAAUUUUAUCAAUAAAAAAGUUAAGAAUUUUCCGCUUUCAAAAAAUACAGUUUUUUGGCGACAGAAGUUGAGUAUCCCCAUUUUCCAUCAAUCUUUUAGCUAAACCGAGAAUAGGCUUCGAUAAUAAAUUUAUUUUCCUCUAGAGGGCAAAUUUUUCUGCAUCAUUUGUAAUUGGAAGAAAUAAACAUUAAAAUUUGAUUCAAAGUUUAACAACUAAUCGACAGAUUAAUUAAUUUAGCAAAAAAUGAAAUGCCGCUAGAUUGUUACAUAUCUACACCCAUGAUACUGAACAUUUUUUGUCGUUAUCAUUGUUAAUAUAACGAUUAUGAGUGUUUAAACGCUAUCAAUACUAAAUAUUUAUUUUAGAUUGAUUUGACUACAAUGAAUUAAUGAAAAUACAUAUUAAUUCACUCAAUUUGUUCUGAAAUAAUGUCCAUUUUUAUGGUCCAAAUGGUCUUAUCAUUAAUUCAUGAACCUACAAAAUUUAACUUAAAAUAGCAAACACAGAUUCAUAAUGAACUACUUGCUUGGACAUGUUCCGGUGUAGAUAAAGCAUAAAUCACACCAUCGGCAAUAUCUUCACUGUUUACGGCAGGUUUGUUCUCGUAAAAAGCUUUCCUUUCAGGAGUCAAAUCCUUGGCAAAAGUUGUUCUUCUAGUAGCAACGAAACCUGGACUAACAUCCUACACAAAUCAAACAAAUAAAGCACAGUCUACAAAACC